CAAACAGAACACAUUGGAGUAAUUUAGCAAAGCUAGAAAUCGAGAGAAACAUGAAGAGGCAAGUGUACAGGAAUCGCGCAAAAUACAUAGUGCUAUUCCUGGGAGAUGGCAUGGGCGUCAGUACGGUGACUGCUGCUAGGAUCUACAAGGGCCAACUCCAGAAGAACAACAGUGGCGAAGAGACUGUUCUUUCUUGGGAAGAAUUUCCAUACGUGUCCUUAUCCAAGACAUACGGACUAGACACACAAACGUCUGACUCAGCCAACUCAGCUACAGCGUAUCUUUGUGGAGUCAAGGCCAAUAUUGGUACACUUGGAGUGGACUCCACUGUAAAGGGUCGGCAGUGCCACAAUGACACGACAGCGUACGUGGACAGCAUUAUGAAGUGGGCUCAGGAGGCCGGCAUGUGGACGGGCAUUGUGACCACGUCGACAGUCACCGAUGCCUCACCAGCUGCUGCCUACGCACACUCUGGCUACCGCAGGUGGCAGCAUUAUGUCCCGAAAGGGUGCAAUGCAUCGGAUAUCGCUAAGCAACUGAUCUACGACUCGCCUGGCAAUGGAAUGAGGGUCAUCAUGGGGGGUGGAAGAAAGAAAUUUUUAAAUUCUUCAGAAUGCGAUGAGGAUGGGCAAAGGGGUGCUAGAAUCGAUGGACUAAAUCUGAUAAAUGCUUGGAAGGAAAUGAAGAACCACUCAAACGCUGUCUUCCUUCUGGAGAAGUCCUGCUACGUUAGCGUCGAUGAAGGCUCCAUUCUAGGACCACUCCUGUUCUUGGUAUAUGUCAACGAUGAUGUCAAGAGCCAAUAA